AUGUCCACGUCACCUCCACCGGAAAACUUAGUGCCCAUCGCCUUCCCCGCUGAUGUGAAACAGGUCGUGGACAUCAACAAGGAUGAGCCGCUUGUGACCAGAAGGGAAUUGUGGAGCUACUAUUUGUACUAUAACGGUGACAAUGGUGUUGGUCCUUUGGGCUAUACACAAACCCUAUUCCAGGGGCUUGCCACAGCCGCGGGCUAUGAUCCCAUUGCAGGCCCUGGCUCAUCCUGCCUUGCAAGAUACUGCUUCUGGUCCAAUGUUUUUGCUAUUAUGACAGCCAUAUUCACAACUAUCGGUUCUGCUGCUGACUACGGCACAUUCGGACGGUGGUUGUUGUUCGCGGUCACAGUGGUAUGCUGGGCAGCACAGUAUGCUUGUAUGGCGCUUACCUCACCGAACCGAUGGGUCCUUGCGAUGGUUCUGUACAUCACCGGUUUCGUCUCAUAUGGCGCUACUCUGGUCUUCUAUGCUGCGGUAUUUCCUCGCCUCGCGCGAAAUACCCCACAUGCACGCCAGUUGAGAGAGAAGUACGAAAAUGGCGAGAUUCCUCCUGAGGUUUACGAGCAGGAGGAGUCGCUGGAAAAGAAUAGAAUUAGUAAUAUCUCUACCGUUCAUAGUAAUGUGGGAUAUGUGAUCACGCUUGUGCUGAACUUAGCGCUUUUACUGCCCAUGGCCAACAACUCCAAGGUGGACAAUUAUGUCCUCAUGCUUGUAAACACGUAUUGGGUGGUACUAGGUAUCUGGUGGUUUGUCUUCCAGGAACCCAGGCCAGGCCCUAAAUUGCCUAAAGGCGAACGCUACCUGACGGUUGGAUGGAAGCAGAUCUGGGCUGCGCUGAAGACAUACAAGCAUCUUCCCUACACCUUUGUAUAUCUGUUCUCCUUCUUCCUUCUUGCAGACGGACUGAAUACCACUGGAACCCUCGUGGCGAUAUGUCAGAACGAUAAAUUCAGUUUCUCGUUCCUGCAAAAUACAUACUUGGGCCUAUCGCAGGCGAUUACUUCGACGAUCAGCACUCUCGCCUUCUGGUACAUCCAGAGAUAUUGGAAGAUUAGCACGAAGAAGAUGUUUGUGGUCACAAAUGUUGUCACGAUUUUUAUUCCGCUGUGGGGUAUGAUUGGAAUAUGGACAGAUAAACUUGGGUCGGUGUCAUUUUAUUUCAUUCGCCGUCGUCCCUCUAAGAAGUGCAUUAGGUUCCACAACGUCUGGGAGUUCUGGGCAUACAAUGUUGUGUUUGGCAUCUUCCAGGCGCCCUAUUACGCGUUCUCUCAGACGAUGAUGGCCGAGCUCAGUCCGCCUGGUUAUGAAAAUAUGUUCUUCGGUCUCUUCGGUCUGUCCAACCGCGCCUCUUCCAUGGUAGGGCCAAAUGUCAUUCAGGCCAUCAUCGACAAGACAGGAAACAACUGGCAGGGGUUCCCGUUCCUCUUUGCGUUGUGUACGUCUGCCUCGGUGGUGAUCUGGUUUGGUGUUGAUGUCAAGAAGGGGCGGAGGGAUGCUGUUAAGUGGGCGGCUGAGCAGCGCGGGCGUACACGCUAGGGCGAAAGUUAUACGUGUCCUCUUUUGGGCAACUUUGGGCAUCUAGGAUGCAUGCUGUCCGUGUCAGCAAGUUUGCGGGGUAUAUUGUUAAAUGACAUCACACCCUCUGAGGGCGAAACCAGGCCACGUUGUUAGCAUGGCUCGAAUACAAGACGAGUU